AUGAUUCAUAUCGCGGAAGCCGACGAGACAACGACCGUCACCGUGAGCGGAGGAGGUCGCGUGACCGGUACGCCGACAGAGAUCGAUCUCUUGACAGACGCAGACACCGCGACGAUGGCAGAGACAGAGAUCACCGCCCGCGGCGUGACGACUCUAGGGACAGAGCGCGCGCAAGGCGCGAGGGAACGGCCGACUCCCACCCUCGCAGCAGGCGCGAUGACAGCCGCUGCGAAGCCCAAGCCUACACCGGCACAGACCGAGGCUGACAAGAAGGCCGAGAGACUUGCUAGACUCGAGGCAUGGAAGAAGGCCAGAGAGAACAAGGCGAGCAAAGAGAAUGAGGUUAAUCCAAGCCAGACUAGGAAUCUCCUUGCGGAGAUGGACAAGAAGUCCGUGCCGUCCCCGACUCCCGCUUCGCCCGCAGUGCCCGCCGCGGCUUCACCCGCGGUUGCAUCCCCUGGCUCAGCGUCGCCGGCCCCGACCCCGGCGCAGACCGCAUCCGGAGCCGCGUCGCCGGCCGUCCCUUACGCCGGCAAGUUCGAUCCCAAAGCCAUUGCGAAGAAGUCGGCAGCGUCGCAUAAGCAGGCAGCCUCGAAUGGCGUUCUAGGCUUGCUCGACGGCCGCCCUGAAAAGCCGACUGCUGCUGCUGUUGCACCAACUAUCAAAGCUUCGGCCCUACCUGCCAAUCGCGGUAACAUCGGCGGUUUCGGGUUCCACAAACAGAACGAUAGCGACAAGCUCGCCAAACGCAAGCUGGACCUCGAUGAGGAGGAAGGCACGAAGAGGAAACUUACGAAGUUACCCGCACUUCCCCUCGAGGCUGAUGACACCCCCUAUGCUGAUCAAGACGAGGAUGACGAGUCUGAUGGCGGAAACUUCGCCGAGACCGAGGAAGAGGCCAUUGCGGCCGCCCGCGCGGCACACGAAAGGCGAGAGAAAGAACUUCAAGAAGCACAAGAAGCUCAAGAGGACAAGCCUGACGUUGCCAUGGAUGACGUUCCAGCACAAACCAACACCAACGGCACCAUUCCAGACGAACCCGCCGCCGACAAGAUGGACGUCGAAGACGAAGAUGACGUUGAUCCCUUGGAUGCCUUCAUGGCCGACUUGAAAGACACGAAAGCUAGGCCAGCGGCUCCCCAGGCAAGUACAUCAUCGAAGAAGGUCCAAGAGCCAGAGGCGUACUUCAGUGACGAUGACUACGCUUUCAAGGCAGAAGACAAGGACGCCAACGCCAUCCUCGCCAUGGCCGCCAAGCGCAAGAAGAAGGACAUCCCCACCGUCGACUACAACAAGCUCGACCUACAGCCUAUCCGCAAGAACUUCUGGGUGGAGCCCGCAGAGCUCGCCGCCCUGACAGAGGCCGAGGCCAACGAUCUUCGCUUGGAGCUUGAUGGUAUCAAGGUUUCCGGGAAAGAUGUUCCAAAGCCUGUGCAGAAAUGGGCCCAGUGUGGUCUCACACGGCAAACGCUGGACGUCGUGGCCGACUUGGGGUACGAGAAGCCUACGUCUAUUCAGAUGCAGGCCCUUCCAGUCAUCAUGUCUGGCCGCGAUGUCGUUGGUGUAGCCAAGACCGGAUCUGGUAAAACGGUCGCUUUCCUCCUGCCCAUGUUUCGUCACAUCAUGGACCAGCCUCCUAUCAAGGACACCGACGGCCCCAUCGGCCUUAUCAUGACUCCGACCCGAGAACUCGCUGUUCAGAUUCACCGUGACUGCAAGCCGUUUCUCAAGUCGAUGGGCUUGCGAGCUGUUUGUGCCUACGGUGGAGCCCCAAUCAGGGACCAAAUUGCUGAGCUCAAGCGUGGAGCCGAAAUCGUUGUGUGCACCCCUGGUCGUAUGAUCGACUUGCUUGCCGCCAACCAGGGACGUGUCACGAACCUACGUAGAGUCACCUACGUUGUCCUUGAUGAGGCGGAUCGCAUGUUCGACAUGGGUUUCGAGCCUCAAGUCAUGAAGAUAUUUGCCAACAUGCGGCCUGAUCGGCAAACCAUUUUGUUCUCGGCAACGAUGCCUCGCAUCAUCGAUUCUCUGACCAAGAAGGUGUUGAAGUCUCCAGUGGAGAUCACCGUUGGUGGCCGCAGCGUUGUCGCAUCAGAUAUCACGCAGAAGGUUGAGGUUAUCCCCGAAGACGGCAAGUUUGUACACCUUCUGGGACUUCUUGGUGAACUUUAUGAGGAGGACGAGGACGCUCGUACCCUCAUUUUCGUUGAACGCCAGGAAAAGGCAGACGACUUGCUCAAGGAGCUCAUGGUCAAGGGGUACCCUUGCAUGUCCAUUCACGGUGGCAAAGAUCAGAUCGAUCGAGACUCCACGAUUGCUGAUUUCAAGAAGGGCAUUGUGCCUAUUCUCAUUGCUACUUCAGUCGCAGCUCGAGGUCUGGACGUCAAGCAGCUCAAGCUUGUUGUCAACUACGAUGCUCCUAACCAUCUCGAAGAUUAUGUCCAUCGUGCUGGACGAACCGGACGAGCAGGCAACAAGGGCACUGCUGUUACCUUCAUUACCGAAGAGCAGGAGAACUGCGCCCCUGGUAUUGCCAAAGCCUUGGAGCAAAGCGGGCAACCUGUGCCUGAUCGCUUGAACGAGAUGCGCAAGGCUCACAAGGACAAGGUCAAGGCAGGUAAAGCCAAGGAUACGUCUGGUUUCGGUGGAAAGGGUCUGGAUCGACUCGAUGCCGAGCGAGAGGCGGCCCGUCUCCGCGAGCGCAAGACUCACAAGGCCGAGGGUGAGGAAGACGAUGUCAAGGAAGAAAAGACGGACGAAGACAAGGGCAAGGAUGCCGCAUCUGCCAUCAAAUCAGCCGUGUCGGCGAUUGUGUCCCGCAGCACCGCCAAACCCGAAGGCGAGAAACCGAAGGAAGCACCCGCUGCUGGUGGAGGAGCCGCUGGUGGUAAGAAGCCACUUGAUGCUGUUAGUGCCGCCAUCAGUGCCAUCAACGAGCGACUCGGCAAGGCCGGCCAGCUUCGGUCGGGUCAGCCCAUCGACAACAAGGGACCAGACGCCGGCGCUUACCACGCUACGCUGGAGAUCAACGAUUUCCCACAGAAGGCAAGAUGGGCCGUCACCAACAGGACGAACGUGGCCAAGAUUCUGGAGGCGACUGGCGUGUCCAUCACUACAAAGGGAACGUUCUACCCGGCUGGCAAGGAGGUUCCUCCCGGAGCAGACCCGAAGCUGUACAUUCUUGUUGAAGGUGACACCGAGGUCGUCGUCGGCGCUGCCAUAACCGAGCUCACCCGACUUCUCAGUGAGGGAACGGUGGCCGCGGCUACGGCAGACAGCCGCGCUCCCGCCUCUGGACGUUACAACGUUGUCUAA